CGCCCGCCUCUUUGUAUCCAACAUCCGGGUUUCCCCGCUGGCUCGGCUCCGUGGCCACCGCUCAGGAGCCAUUUUGGACUCGGUUCAGCUCCCCUCCCCCACCCCCCCCCGUUCAUGGCCCCUCCGGACUCGGCCCCUGCGCCCGGGGCCCGGGCCCAGCCCCGUUGCGCCAUGCCCGCUUCCGGGCGCGCCCUGGCCCGCCCCGCCGCCGCCCCCCGGCUCCCGCGUCGCCCCAUAGCCCGGGCCGCACUGUGCGCCGCCCGCAGCGGCCCUGAGCCCCUAUCCCCGCACGCUGCCUGGGAACCGUAGCGCAGAAGCGCGCGCGCCUGGAAGCGAGACCCAGAGAAGGAGCGGGAAGCAGAGCGCAGCCGCCGCCGGGCCCUGCGCGCCCCGGGAGCGCAGCGCGGCCUGCCCGCGGGCUCCGGGUGUCCGCGGGGCGGCGCCGCGGAACAUGACGGCGCCCUGGGCGGCCCUCGCCCUUCUCUGGGGAUCGCUGUGCGCCGGUUCCGGGCGAGGGGAAGCUGAGACUCGGGAGUGCAUCUACUACAACGCCAACUGGGAGCUGGAACGCACCAACCAGAGCGGCCUGGAGCGCUGCGAGGGGGAACAGGACAAGCGGCUGCACUGCUAUGCCUCGUGGCGCAACAGCUCGGGCACCAUCGAGCUGGUGAAGAAGGGCUGCUGGCUAGAUGACUUCAAUUGCUACGACAGGCAGGAGUGUGUGGCCACUGAGGAGAACCCCCAGGUGUAUUUCUGCUGCUGUGAAGGCAACUUCUGCAACGAGCGCUUCACCCAUUUGCCGGAGCCUGGAGGCCCAGAAGUCACGUACGAGCCACCCCCGACAGCCCCCACCCUGCUCACGGUGCUGGCCUAUUCGCUGCUGCCCAUUGGAGGCCUCUCUCUCAUCGUCCUGCUGGCCUUCUGGAUGUACCGACAUCGAAAGCCUCCCUACGGCCACGUGGACAUCCAUGAGGACCCUGGGCCUCCUCCCCCAUCCCCUCUGGUGGGCCUGAAGCCGCUACAGUUGCUGGAGAUCAAGGCUCGAGGUCGCUUUGGCUGUGUCUGGAAGGCUCAGCUCAUGAACGACUUUGUGGCUGUGAAGAUCUUCCCACUUCAGGACAAGCAGUCGUGGCAGAGUGAACGGGAGAUCUUCAGCACGCCGGGCAUGAAGCACGAAAACCUCCUGCAGUUCAUUGCUGCAGAGAAACGAGGCUCCAACCUGGAGGUGGAGCUGUGGCUCAUCACAGCCUUCCACGACAAGGGCUCCCUCACGGAUUACCUCAAGGGGAACAUCAUCACGUGGAACGAACUGUGUCAUGUGGCAGAGACGAUGUCACGAGGCCUCUCGUACCUGCAUGAGGAUGUGCCAUGGUGUCGUGGCGAGGGCCACAAGCCUUCUAUUGCCCACAGGGACUUCAAAAGCAAGAAUGUUCUGCUGAAGAGCGACCUCACCGCGGUGCUGGCCGACUUUGGCCUGGCUGUUCGGUUUGAGCCGGGGAAGCCUCCAGGGGAUACCCAUGGGCAGGUUGGCACCAGACGGUACAUGGCCCCCGAGGUGCUGGAGGGGGCCAUCAACUUCCAGAGAGACGCCUUCCUGCGUAUCGACAUGUACGCCAUGGGCCUGGUGCUGUGGGAGCUCGUUUCUCGUUGCAAGGCCGCAGAUGGGCCUGUCGAUGAGUACAUGCUGCCCUUCGAGGAAGAGAUUGGCCAACACCCUUCACUGGAGGAGCUUCAGGAGGUGGUUGUCCACAAGAAGAUGAGGCCCACCAUUAAGGAUCACUGGCUGAAACAUCCGGGCCUGGCCCAGCUCUGCGUGACCAUCGAGGAGUGCUGGGACCAUGAUGCAGAGGCUCGUCUGUCUGCAGGCUGUGUGGAAGAGCGGGUAUCCCUGAUCAGGAGGUCGGUCAAUGGCUCUACCUCGGACUGUCUCGUCUCUCUGGUGACCUCCGUCACCAACGUGGACCUGCUCCCUAAAGAGUCCAGCAUCUAAGCCCAGGACACUAGCGUUUCUCCAGACUCAGUGGAUCUGAAGAAGAAAAAAAAAAAAGGAAAAAAAAGUUGUGUUUUGUUUUGGAAAUCCCAUAAAACCAACAAACACAUAAAGUGCAGCUGCUAUUUUUCCCUUGA